GAAGGAAAUAAAAGCUUCUGAUGUGAGAAGAUGAAAAGAGGCAACAGAUGUUCCAGCUGUUUCCAGAUGAUCUGAAGCUCUGAGUGGAUUCAUUCUGUCAGAUUCCAUGGAGACGAGGAGGAAGAUCAGAGCAACGCUGCAGCUGACUAAAUGCUCUCUCUGCUCCUCUCUCUGCUUCUUUACUUGUUUGCUACAAGAACUACAGAUCUUUGAUGUUAAAGACUACAACUCCCUGGACUCAGCUGCCAUGUCUAAAGCGACGGUGAAGAAGCUGCACUGGCGCUCCAAGGUGCAGGAGAGCUUCGUCCCGCUGGGCGGCACCGGGGGCUCUGGAGAGCUGGGCCUCGCUAUUGGAGGCGGUGCCGACUACGGAGAGUUCCCCUUCGUUACUGCAGCCCCUGGGGGUGGGGCCACAGUUGGUGACAUCAUCUUAGAGAUCGGAGGGACGCCCGUGUUGGGGAUGACGCUUGGUGAUGUCAGAGGAGUGCUCAACUCCUGUCCUCAUCCAAUCAGAAUCAAGACCGUCUCCCCAGGUUCGUCUCUGUGUAAAGACUUGAGGCUGUACCUCAGUAAGUGUUUCACUCCAGGCUCCAUGGACAGCCAGCUGCAGCAGCUCAUCAGGGAGAACCUGUACCUGCGCGCCGUGCCGUGUACCACCAGGCAGCCGCGGGACGGAGAAAUUUCAGGUGUCGACUACAACUUUGUGUCCAUCGAAGAGUUCUUCUCUCUGGAGGAGUCUGGAGCUCUGCUGGAGAGCGGCAAAUUCAAAGGGAACUACUACGGGACGCCCCGCCCCGUUCACAUUGGUCCAGAGAGUCCACCAAUCACGUACCAGGAACAUCGAAACCUGCUGAGGAACUUCAGGACGAGGAGCAAGUCUCUGAGCAACCUGGAGAAGGCCGUGGAGGAAGGAGACAACAGCGAGGAGGACAGCGGUCCACCAGGUCUCAAAACGUCUCCCACACGCCCACCUGRACAGGUGGUCUCUAACCAGGCUCGUCCUCCAGCAGGCUCUGCUGGGGCCCCGCCCACGGCGCCUCCUCUCAACCAAUCGUGGGAGCCAGCAGCUGGGGGUCGGGAGGGAACAGAGAAUGGAGGAGGAAGAGGAGGAAGAGGAGGAGGAAGAGGAGGAGGUCCGCUGCCUGAAAACUGGGAGCUGGCCUACAGCGACUCAGGAGAACCCUACUACAUCGAUCACAACUCAAAGACCACCAGCUGGCUGGACCCUCGAACUCAGAGCAAAGAGACCACGUCCUGCACAGAACUUCCAGAGUUCACGGAGCAGCCCAGUCAGCUGAAGGGGUACUCCAUCCACACCCGGCUCUCCAAAGGUCCUCGAGGCUUCGGUUUCAACAUCGUUGGAGGAAGUCGUCCCCGAGAGUUCUUGCAGGUGUACAGUGUCACACCUGGAGGUCCACCAGCCCUCAACACGGCGGACAUCCUGGUCUACAUCAACGACGUCUGCGUGCUCGGGCGCUCCCAUAAGGAGGUGGUGGAGAUGCUGAAGUCGGUUCCGAUGGGUCAGAGCGUGGACGUGGUCCUGAGGAGGGGGUACCCGAUGCUGUACAACCCGGAUGGCUGUCCCAAACAGAACCUGGACACGCAGCCGCAGACGCACAGCGAGUCCUCCAAACCCACCCGCGGCCUGACGCACCUCACCUACAGCCACCCACCUGAUGCCAACGGCAGCACAUCAGCCCUGACUAUGUCCUCCUGCGCUGUUCAGCCAAUUACAAAUGGUUUAACAAGCCCACCCACUCCCACUUCCUCUGACCCGCCCCCUCCUGCAGAGAAAACUCCACCUAAUCACAGUGACUCUGACAGCGGGCCUUCCAAUCCUGGAACUCGGAGGUCUUCUCUGAUUCGCUACAACAGCAGCACCCUCCCUGCCCUCUCCUCCUCCCUCCUUCAUCAGAGCUCCAAAUCCUCAGAGAGCGAUCUGUCCACAUCCACACUCCCCAUCACGUCCUCGUCCUCCCACAUGCUGUCCAAACUGCCUCUGUCUCGGUCCGAGUCAGGCCUCCUCCAGAACACCAUCAGCCCCAGCACCAGCACCAGUCCCCCCUCUGCCUCGACACUUUCAGGGUCCGUGCAGCGCCCAGCUAUGCCUCAGACCUCCAUCGCUGUGUCUCCUCCAGGAGACGCCCCACCCUGUGGUUUCAAUGGGUGUCCAGCCAUCCACCCAGCUGCAGGCUCKAGAGAAAAUCCAGGACUGGUGCUCRCKCUGGGGGCGGGGUCUCCUGGGUCAGCACCUGGACGGGAGCUGGUGCCGGUGGCWGUAGGGCACAGUGACAGUGGGGGGCUGGGGUUCAGCGUGACGGCAGGAGGACAGGGGGGUCAGCAGGUGCUGGUGAGGCGGGUUUGGGAUCGCAGACAGUGCCCCUUGCUGCAGGCAGGAGACGCCAUUGUAAAGAUAAACGGAGCCGACGUGCAGAGCCUCAGCUUCUCCCAGGUCCAGAGAGUUCUGCAGGAACACACCAAACAAGGAGAGGUGGUGCUGCUGGUCUACAGAGGAGGUCCUGUCUCCUCACCGGUUGUCACUCCCAACCUCUACAAGCCCCUCCCCUCUCCUCAUGUCCUGACCAGACCCUCCUCCUCCUCUGCUGACCUGCCGUCCCCGUCUACUGAUGCCUCACUGGGGGGGGUCCCCCCUCUCAGCCAGGCCGGUUUGUCCCCUGAGAGCCCCUGGGAGGCCCGCUUACCAUCUCCAGGAAAUCACCAAGGACCCCCUCCUGCUCAAGUCCCUAAUGGACCCCCUGCUUCAACCCUCAUCCAGAGCACCAGCUUCCUGGACUCGGUCCCUGUGACGCUGACCUUAGAGCCCCGGGACCUGCUUGGAGUGGAGGACAGUGCUGGUCCAGUCAGAGGGGGCGGAGCUUCAGGAGCCGUCUCCAAGGAUGGACGAGGAGGCGAAUUGAAGACGAUGGAGGUGGAGCUGAGGAGGCGGACCGGAGAAGGAUUUGGAUUCGUCAUCACUUCCCAGGAAGUGAGUGGAGAGUCUUCCUCAAUGUCAGAAGGAGGUGACCACAACAUUGACAGACAUCUGAUCAAAGGAUCCAGAGGGAAAACAAAGCAGGACGAGUCCAGGUUCUACAGCUUGGACCUGGAACGUGGUCCCACCGGUUUUGGCUUCUCUCUCAGAGGGGGCAGCGAGUACAACAUGGGACUGUAUGUUUUGGGACUGAUGGAUGGGGGGCCGGCCCAGCGUAGCAACAAGAUACAGGUGUCUGACCAGCUGGUGGAGAUAAACGGAGACAGUACAGCAGGAAUGACCCACAGUCAGGCCGUGGAGCAGAUCCGGAGAGGAGGCCAUCGGAUCCACUUGGUCCUAAAGAAAGGAAAUGGAUACGUGCCWGACUACGGCCUUGAGGAAGGAGCCCUCUCCUCCUCCUCUCCACACCCAGAGGUGCAGGGCCUGGCAACCAUGACAACUGCUUCUCUCGACCAGUAUUCAAGAGGAGCAGGAGGAGGAGAAGGAGGUGCAGGAGGAGGAGGAGGUGCAGGAGGAGGAGGAGAGAGGAGGAAGGAGAAGAAGGUGGAAACCAAACGCAGAACAGGAAGAGGACGUCCUGAUCUGGACUUGGACCUGGUGGAGGAAGAGGAGGAGAGAAGAAGUCAGAACAUCAGGCAGAAGAAUCGGGACCACCAGAACCAGAACCAGAACCAGAACCAGAAGGAGGAGCAUCAGGACAGGAGGAGCAGGAGUGCGCCCAGGACCAGGACCAGGACUUGGACCUGGGACACCUCAGGAGGAUCUGCUGCACCUCCACAGGCAGCGUUCUCCUUCCUGAUGCCGAUGGAUGACGAGCAGUCUGACAGCCAAUCAGCAGCCAGCUCCUCACAGAUCGACCAAUCAGAAGCUCAGGAGGUGUCUGAGRUGUCCUGGCGACAGCCGGGCGGCCCGGGCCCCUGGCUGGAGCCGAGUCCUCAGAGACUGACCCAGGUUCUGACUGGCAGCCGGCUUGGUGGGCGGGGCCUAGUGGGCGGGCUCUCUCUCUGAGUGGCCAACAGUGAUGACAUUCUCCUCUCUCAUUGGUUGAAGUUAAUAAGGGCUUCUUUGGUUGGCCUGCUGAGAGAAGCCCCACCCCUUCCUCUUGUCUUGAUUGGACCAUAAGAAGGAAACGUGGCCCCGCCCACUGAGCCACACCUCCACUUCUAUUACCCAUCAUGCCUCAUUCUGCUCUAAGGGCGGUAACAGGAAGUCAUCACCACAGCAACUGGCUGGGAUCCUGGUUACCAUGGCGACCACCAGCAUGAGCAGCCACCUGUUGCAUGAUUGGACAAGCGUUGACCUUUGCCCCACCUCCAUCUAGACUCAGCAGCGUUAGGCCCCGCCCCUCACCAUCAUCACUUCCUGCAUCCUUUGAAGCGUAUGCAAACAGCGAGACGCUGUCCAGGACUGACCUCUGAGCAUGUGAAUAUGACGGAAUGAUUUUUUAUUUUUAUAAAGCUUAACGAUCAAAGAUAUUAUUGUUAAUGAGA